AUGACAAAUUGGAAACUUGUCCAAGAAGAACUUAAGGGUCUCAUCGGCGAUGAUGAUGACAGAGUUAGUGUUCUUGCCAAUACUUCAGCAUUAAUCAACGAACACAUGGCUAAUCUUAACUGGUGUGGAUUUUAUAUGCUAAAUUCAAAGGAUAUUUUAGUUCUUGGUCCAUUCCAAGGUAAGACAGCAUGCACAAGAAUACCAAUAGGUAAAGGAGUUUGUGGCGGCGCAGUUGCACAGGCAAAAAUUUUACGUGUGCCAGAUGUUCAUAAAUUCCCAGGCCAUAUUGCUUGCGAUAGUGCUAGCAAUUCAGAAAUUGUUCUUCCUGUAUAUAUCAAUGGAAAGAUUUGCGGAGUUUUGGAUAUUGAUUCACCUCUUCUUGAUCGUUUCUCAGAGGAAGAUGAAAAGGGCCUCAAAGAAUGUGUUGACAUUCUUGGUUCACAUCUUGAAAAAUUAUAA